ACUACACAACAGAUAAUUAAUACGGGGUGCAACUGAUAUCUUUGUUGUCCGGAGCACUGGUGCUGCUCCCAAUGCAAAAACACCCUGGAUGAAGAGCCAUACCAACUCUGAAAACGGGUUGUGCCUGUAUGUGACAGCAUGAGCACAUCUACAACGUGCCAGUAGGGGUUCAGUCAUGUGACAUGCGCACUCGGCCCUGCUGUGGAGUUUGUUAUGACAAGUCGAGGCCUCGGUGUAAAUUAGUAUCGCAGCCCCCUGUCUCUGCCCCGGGCUUAUCCGUCAUGGAGGGCAUGGACCUGGACCUGGACCAGGAGCUCAUGCAGAAAUUCAGCUGCAUGGGAACAACAGACAAAGACAUUUUAAUAUCGGAAUUUCAGAGGCUCCUGGGGUUUCAGCUGAAUCCCGCCGGAUGCGCCUUCUUCUUGGACAUGACCAACUGGAAUUUGCAGGCUGCCAUAGGAGCUUACUACGACUUUGAAAGCCCAAACUUCAGUGCACCUUGCAUGUCCUUUGUGAAGGAUGUGACGAUUGGAGAGGGUGAAUCUGUUCCACCUGACACACCAUUCACAAAAACCUGGAGGAUACAGAACACCGGUCCAGAGUCAUGGCCUCCUGGGGUUUCUCUGAAGUACGUGGGAGGUGAUCAGUUUGGCCAUGUGAACAUGGUGAUGGUGCGCUCUCUAGAUCCCCAGGAAAUGACUGAUGUCAGUGUGCAGAUGCACAGCCCCGUUUCUCCUGGCAUGUACCAGGGUCAGUGGAGAAUGUGCACAGCUACAGGACUUUACUACGGAGAUGUCAUUUGGGUGAUCCUGAGCGUAGAAGUCGGAGGCCUCCUCGGAGUCACGCAGCAGCUUUCCUCUUUCCAAGCCGAGUUCAACACGCAGCCUCACCGCAGCCUGGAAGGAGACUACAACCCGUUUGCCUCGCCACAGAAGAGCAAGUGCCCCAACAGUAACAACAACCACGUCCACAGUGACAGCAGCAGUAGUGUCACAGAGGAACAUUUGCAGGGAAGCCCACACCCACUGCAGCAAGGCCAGAAUGGACUUUCACACGGCUCUGUGGAUAUAGUAGCAAACCGUCUACAAAGCAGUCUAUCAGUAGUUCCGUGUAACCAGAUACAAGAGCCCUCUCCUUUUGGGCACUCUUAAUCAUGGGACUUAUCACUGUAAGGCAGCACUAAGUUGUACCUCUGGAAUUUCUCACACCAAUAAACCAGGAGGCUUUACUGUGGAGUGUGGAGGUCAAAACACUUUAUGCAAAGUCCAAUUACACUUAAAAAACAAACAAAAAAACCGCCGGAGACCGACGCUCCUGAUGUGCAGCUGAACCAACAUCCCACUGUAUGCACGUGUGAAUGCUAAGUUAAAAAAUAUGAGUGCUAUGAGUCUUGCGUGAUAAGCUUUUUUUUUUGUUGUUUUCCUUUUACUUUUAAGAUUUCUUUUUUUUUUUCUCUUAGUUGACAAGGAUGCACAUGGGCAGAGAUGAAAGUAGUGGGUGUUUGAGAGCUUCUUUUUUCCGUGUGUGUGUGUGUGUGUGAAGAUGUGCGUGGAUUGUGCGACCUGAAAAGAGACUUCAGAGUUAAAGCCAUUCAUUUUUGCCAACUGAUUCUACAGUUUCUGCUUCAUUUAGUUUGUUUUCUUGAAUUGUGGAUCCUCUGGCCUAUAAAGCACUAAGGUUGAUUGUAAAGGCUACCCUGAAAUGCAGUUUUUGGGUUUUAGAUGUCAAAGUCAGCUGGUGUAAGAUUUUUACCACAUGACUCUUGGAAUACUGACAUUUUUUCUACCUUGUCACACGGCAUGGAGUGUAAACAGCUGCUUAGACAAGUAUAGAUUUGGCAAAACUGAGUUGAAUCAAGUCACAUAUCCACGGAAUCAAUACUGUUAGCGACUUGUAUCAAAUACAAUAUCAUUAUAUACAUUUAUUGGUGCUUUAUCCAGUCAUUGUGUGAGUUGAUAUUAGGUUUAGUUUAAGUCUUGAAAACUUUCAUUUCAUUUUCUCCAGAAUGAGCCCACCUGCACCAUCCACCAAGCUCUAAAUUGGUCCUGAAGUCACAAAAGCAGGCGCAAAAAGGGAGCAAUUUUGCUGUUAACAACUCAUCUCUGAAGUUUAUGUUUUUUUGUUUUUUUAAAAAAAAGAGUUUUCAGGCUAAGUUACUUUUGAUUAUAUCUGAUUAUGCCUCACAAAUGAGCGUUUCCAUUUACAAACACAACGUUGUAACUCAAUUAGUGCACAUCAUGCUGUAAGACUCAAAACUCAAGCCAUAUUUACAUCAAUAAAUACUUUAUGAAGACAAAACGCCACAUUAUACAAAAUCAAAGAGUGGUUCAGCCUGUAUCAGACUUAACAUUUAACAUUUAGGUUGAAUGUAUUUUGUGAAUGUAGAUAAAAAUUACAACUUUGACAAUGUUUUCUGGAUUAUGUUUUAACUGAACUGGCAGUUUGACUCUGUGUACUUUCUUUCCCUGUCUUUUGUCUUACAAAUUGUUUUGGAAGCUAUGUAUUAACAUGUACUGAACUAAUUAGAGAUGCACCAAUAAAUUAGCCACAGAUUGUAAUUGGCCAAUUUUCUGUUGAUUGGCUCUGACUGGUCUUUGGCCAAUCAAACUCUCAAAAAUCAUAUCGUUCAUGAAAAGCACCAAAACCAAAACACCUGUCAGAUUUUGUGCCUUUUGUUUCUAUGGUGAGGGAAGUCCAGUUUCCCGUAGGAAAAUUGUGCUCUGACCCAUUUUGACUCUUCAGCAUGACACAGUUUGAACAUCGGACAGCCCCGGUUGCCAUGGAUCUUUUAACAAAGAUAAAAAUGAUGCCUCCUGAGCAAUUCUCACCCGCCACAAAUACCACACAUGUUCUCCACUUCUACAGAAUCAACUGAAAUAUUGCAGCAAUGACCCGAUAACAUUAGUGAAUCCCACCCUACACUAAGCUGUCUACACUGUUGAUUUGUUUGUGUUGCCUGAAACUGACGGCUUAUUCUACUUUGUGACUAAUUUGGCUAAAAUUUACUUAAACGCUUUUAGGCUCUCGGUAAGCUUUGACAGUUCAUUUCUUGACAUGGCGUUGAUGUCCAUGUAAAACAUGUCUUAAUACUCCGAAACUGUAUUUUCAGUAUACAUUAAAUGCCGUCACCAUUUAGUUUAGCACAUUUUUUUUUUUUUAUUUAAUAUAAUUUAGAUAAAGGUUAGGGGUGUAUCCUUUGCAUAAAUUGAGAUAUUCUUACAUUUCUGGAAUGUGCUGCUAAGUCUAUUACUAAUAAAAAAAAUUAUUUUUAUAAUUUUUUGUAUUUUAAGUGUCAUGGAAUAAAAAUAUCAGAUAAAGCAAAAUUGUAAUUGCCAGAUUAAGACCUAGUAGGAAACUGGAAAUUGCUGUUGGUAAGCAAAAGCCUGAUUGGUGCAUCUCUAUAGAGCUCAUCGUGUCAUUGCAAAUGAAUUCACAUGUCUUUUCGAAGUGUCAGCAGUUCUUUACGUUCUUUUACCAAAUGACUAAUUUAUGCACUGAGCAAUUUAACCUUCACAAAGGCUGUUAUUUUCUUUCAGAAUGACUGCGAAGUCAGAGAAAGGUUAUGAUCGCUGUGAUUAUAUCAUCUGCAGUCAGUGUGUUAGACCACCUCAUCAAAUCGGUGCCCUUUAGUUGAUGAAAGUGUAAACCCCUGAGGUGCUGAACCAUGAUAUGACAAUACCGGCUGACGCAGAAAUACAGCUCCUGUUGCGCUGAAGCAUCUCCUUCCAGUCACUCGUGCGAUGCGUGUUUCUUCUUCCAAAUGUCAUUUCAUCGAGUACUAGGUGUGUUGUUUUCUCUGUGUAGCAUCUCUGAAGUUUCCUUCACAGAGUGAAUCAGUUGGUGUAAGACUCACACAGCAGCGCAUGUAUGCAAGUGAGGAAGUGCAAACAAGUGAAAGAUCAUUUCUUAUAUGUUUGAUGAAUGUUUCUACAAUUAAAUUAUCACGGAAAUGAGCUACA